AUGACGAACGCUCAAGGCACGACCGAAGUUCGAUCGCAAAUAAAUGUUUCAACCCUUGAGAAAUAUUUGUUAACAAAAAUUUCAAAUUUCAAACCUCCUUUAAUAGUUCGCCAAUUUAAAUUUGGACAAAGUAAUCCAACUUAUCUCUUGUUUGAUUCAAAUAAGACACGAUAUGUACUUCGAAAAAAACCACCAGGUUCAUUACUUUCAAGUACUGCUCAUGCUGUUGAACGAGAAUUUCGUGUUUUGGAUGCAUUAGGCAAAAAUACCAACGUUCCUGUUCCCAAAGUUUAUCUAUUAUGUGAAGAUAAUUCAAUCUUAGGAACUCCUUUCUAUGUGAUGGAAUUUUUAGAAGGAAGAAUUUUUGAAGAUGUUCGAUUAUUAUCACUUUCUCAAGAAGAUCGAUAUAAAUGCUGGUAUUCAGCUAUUGAUACAUUAGCUAAACUUCAUUCUGUUGAUUAUAAAGCAAUUGGAUUAGAGAAUUAUGGAAAAUCUUCGGGAUUUUAUUCACGUCAAUUUCGUUCUUUAGUUAAAGUAUCAACGAUUCAAGCUAAUAUUAAAGAUGAAAAUGGUAGUGAAGUUGGUCCAUUACCUAGACUUGAUGAUAUGAUUAGAUGGUUUAAAAAGAAUGAAAUUGAUGAUGAAACUACCAUUGUACAUGGAGAUUUUAAGUUAGAUAAUCUGAUAUUCCAUCCAACAGAACCAAAAGUUAUUGGAGUUUUAGAUUGGGAAUUAUCAACAAUUGGACAUCCUUUAUCAGAUUUGGCAAAUUUAUUAAUGAAUUUUUAUACAAAAGAAAAUUAUUCAGAAAAAAUGAUAGGUUUAUUUGAUAUUCCUGAUUUACCAAUUCCUUCGGCUAAUGAAUUAAUUAAAUUAUAUUGUGAUAAGUCGAAAAGAGAUUAUCCUAUACAUAAAUUUGAAUUUUGUAUUGUAUCUUCAUUUUUUAGGUUGGCAGUUAUCACUCAAGGCAUUGCAGCUAGAAUUGCUAGGAAUCAAGCUAGUUCCGCUCAAGCUAAAGCUUACGCAAAAAUGUUUAAACCCACGAUGAUUCGUGGAUUAGAAAUUAUGGAUGAAUGUGGUGAUUUAUCACCGAAAGGAAAACUUUAA